AUGGCUCCAUCGCAUCCAUACCCACGAAGCUCACCACUUCUGCCUCUGGGGAUAGCCUGCCGCCAGCGAAGAAGAUCUUCCACAAGAAAGAGGAAGACUGCUCCCUUUUCGUGGCCUUCUUCACCUUCCUUUCGUAUGGCGUGUUGCUCCUCGUGGGAUACGUGAAGGAGUUCUUUAACCCUCCCUCCACCAAAGAGAAGAACAGAGAGGACAUCGAGGAGUGUCCAACCAUCACGAACUUCACCAUCUAUCUGUCCUAUGGAGUGCUGUUCCUGGUUGGCUACGUCAAGGAAUUCUUCUAUCCACCAUCAACCAAAGAAACAAAUCGAGAGGGCUAUGUACCCCUUUACAUUGGGUUUGAGAGCUUCUACACUCGAAAUGUGUAUCGUAGAAUUCAAGACUGCUGGAACCGUACUAUCUGCAGUGUUCCUGGAGCCAUUAUAGAUCUUAUGGAGCGAACUACACCUGAUUAUGGCUGGACGAUGAAAUUGACAGGCAAAAUCAUUAAAUGUAUAAAUGUGGGCUCAUAUAACUACUUAGGAUUUGCAGAAAAUGUAGGCCCUUGCCACGAUGCUGCAGAAGAAACAACGAAAACAUUAGGUGUCACCACAUGCAGUCCUCGUCUUGAACUUGGAAGCAUGGAAAUCCACCAAAAGCUUGAAUCACUGGUCGCUGAAUUCUUAGGCGUGGACGAUGCCAUCACCUUCGGGAUGGGUUUUGCCACCAAUGUGCUCAAUCUGCCUUCCCUCCUCGGCCCAGGCUGCCUUGUCUUUUCAGAUGAAUUCAAUCACGCAUCACUCAUCCUGGGACUCCGACUCUCUGGGGCAACUGUGAAAGUUUUCCGGCACAACGACGCACAAGACCUGGAGAAGAAGCUGCGCGAGGCAAUAAUCUACGGGCACCCUAGAACUCGGCGGCCUUGGAAGAAAGCAAUGAUUGUUGUAGAGGGCAUUUACUCGAUGGAAGGCUCUAUCUGUGAUCUCCCUAAUUUUAUCAGAAUAAAAAAGAAGUACAAGACUUACCUCUACGUCGAUGAAGCUCACAGCAUCGGUGCCUUAGGUCCUCAUGGUGGUGGUGUCGUGGAUUAUUUCGGCGCUGACCCCAAGGAUGUUGAUAUUCACAUGGGGACAUUCACAAAGAGCUUUGGUGCCGCUGGAGGGUACAUUGCUGGAUCGAAGGAUUUGAUCAAUCACUUGAGAGUCACUAGUCAUGCGCAGAUCUAUGCUGCCUCCAUGUCCCCUCCAGUUGCAGAGCAGAUUAUCACGUCCAUGGCUACCAUCAUGGGCAAACAAGGAGAUGGCGAAGGUGAACGGAGGCUAAAUCAGCUUGCUAGAAAUACGCAUUACUUCCGUCGGAGAGUAAAGCAUAUGGGGUUCAUUGUGUACGGCAAUGACGAUUCCCCAGUGGUCCCUGUGUUACUAUACCUUCCAGCCGUCACAGCGAUGUUUGUUAGAGAGCUGACCAACCGUGGAGUGGCUGGUGUAGGGGUUGGUUUCCCUGCCACGAAGAUCACUGGAGGCAGAAUGAGGUUCUGCUUGUCAGCUGCGCACACAAAGGAAAUGCUUGACAAGAUCUUAGAAGAAGUGGAAGAGGUCGGAAGACUGUGUGGAUGUCGGUACUCGACAGCAGUCAAGAAUCCGGAGCCCAUUGAGUGGUGAAGCAUUUUGCAGAGGAAAAAGCAGUUACUGGAAGACACCAGCACAAACUUAAAUUGGGUUACAAGACUGAUAUGAUUUAUUAUGUAAUUGUGUCUUCAAGGUCCUUCUUAAUUUUCUUGAUUCUCUUGUGGCAUGUUGCAUUGGGUUUGAGAAGAUUGUGUUGUGUUUUUACUCUUUUCCUUUUAUGUGCCUUUUCUUUGUUUAUUUUUCAUUUUGUAAAGGAAGCAUAUCCAAAGACUUAUUGAAAGGUGAUAAGUUCCCUUAAAGCCAAAAGAUUUUAACCAAAAAAAAAAUGAUGAUUAAAAAAAAA